UGGUAGCCUUGCACUAGCCUUCAUUCUCGGGGUGCCUACUUGUCAUAUAUCAUCAUCAUUAUGUUCACGAAAGCCACUAUAUAAACCUGCUGUCAUGCACCACAAAACCCCUCAUCAUCAGGUCAACACUCAGCACUCUUAAAUCUCAUCCCAACAUGAUAUCCAACUUCUACCCCCUCGCUCUCUUCCUCUUCUUCUUCAUCACUCUCACCGUGGCUUCCGCCGGCGACGGCCCCUCCAGAAAGAUCGGUUCUUUCCAGCCCCAAAUGGUUCCGCAGAGUACCGCAACCCCCACGGGGGCCACUGGUUCCGCCCACGGUCCCAACUGGGACUACUCCUGGGGCUGGGGCUCCGCCCCCGGCAGUGGUUGGGGCUACGGUUCCGGCUCUGGCCGCUCUCCCUCCGGUUUCGGCAGAGGCUUCGGCUAUGGCUUCGGCUCCAGCUCCGGCUCAGGAUCCGGGUAUGGUUCCGGCUACGGAUCAGGAUCAGGUUCGGGCGGCGCUGGUGGCGGGGGCGGCGGGUAUGGAGGAGGGAAUGGCGGAUCGCACGGUGGCGGCUAUGGCAACCGCUUUCCGCCGUACAGUUGGAGUGGAACAAAUAACAAUGGGUAACUGAUGUAACGGUGCGGAUGUAUGUAGGCGGCAUAUAUAGCCACUGAAUUAAUAUAAUAAUGAAUGAAGUGUUUAUGUUGGAGGGCAUGGUAUUAAUAUUGAUAAAAUAAUAUUAAUAUUAAUACUAAUGCACAACAAAUAGUAUAAUAGUGUGGUGUGUAUGCAGGAAAUCUAUAGCCAGCGCUAGUCAUGAGCUAUCUAUGUAUACGAGGUUUGCUUUUAUGAGGUGAAAAUCCUUUGCGUGUAGUGUUAUAUGCCAGUGGCUCACCCACAGCUUCCUCUCUAC